UUCUCAAAAAUGGGUUUCAAUCUGAUUUCCAAAUUUCUUCUUCUUCUUGUUCUUCAUCUAAGCUUAUUUAGUUUUUGUUUUGGAGCAAGAAAGCUCACUUCACUAUAACAACCCCCUCCGAUGUCCCUGAGUUACCAUAAAGGCGUUUUGUUUACCGGAUACGGCUCAUUCCCUCCGGAUCAAAAAUCCAUAUAUAGUUGCUGAUUUUCUUCUCUCCCUAAAUCCACAAAAGGAAAAAGAUGGAUGUUCCUUCUGAGCAUCCUUUGGUUUCUAAGGGUGGGCUGACCAUAGUCCUCACGUCCAAGGACGUGGCGGUCGAAGGCUUUCGCUGGAGCAAUUGCGGGCUCCACGGCGUGAACCCCGCUGGAAAAUCGGUGUUUAUUUGGGUCGGGAGCUCGGAAACUCAGCGUCCGGAUCAAUGCGCGUGGCCAUUCCACCAACCCAUCUACGGACCCCAAUCGCCGCCCAACGUCGACGUGGGUAUGGAUGGCAUGGUGGUAAAUAUUGCCAGCCUUUUGGCUAGAACAGUGACUAACCCGUACGGGGAUGGAUACUUCAUUGGCUCGGCCGGCGCGGGUGUGGAGGUGGCGUCGGCUUGCAUUGGCGAGUACGGUAAAGGACCAUACCCAGGUUAAGCGGGCGGGAGGUCUUAGUUGAUCUGUGCUCCGGUGGUAGUUAUAGUGCUAAUGGGAUUAACGGGAGGAAGUACUUGUUGCGGGCGUUGUUCGACCCUUCUACUUCUCGGUGUUCAACGCUUGUGUAAUAAUACGACUUUGAUUAACUUUGUGUAGAUGUAAAUGUAAAUAAAUUUCUCAUACUAUGUUUGUAACGUGACUUUGAUUAAAAUGUAUUUAAAUUU